AUGGCUGCUAUUCCCCAGAAUAAUCUACAGGAGCAACUGGAACGCCACUCAGCCAGAAAACUUAAUAACGGAUUAAGUCUUGCAAAACCGAAAUCUUCAGGUUUCACUUUUAAAAAGAAAAUAUCUUCAGCCAACGAUGUAUCUGUCACUAGUGUAUCAGUAGCAAAAGCACCUGUGUUAAGUGAUAAAAGCGUUAAUGUUACUGAGACCUUUUCCUUUAGUGAACCUUCACCUUAUAUCACAAGUCAGCAGACAAGGGUCAAUGACUUUAAAAAUGCUCCAGCAGGACAGCAAACCAGGAGAGCUGUUUCAAAACCAUCAUUGCCAGAUUUGCUGCAGGUUCCACGGGGAGUUUUUUGUAAUACCCGGAACACAUCGGUUGUAAAGAAAUCCAGUAACGCUACUUUCAAGAAAUUAGAAUUUAGUUCUUCAUCAGAUUCUUUUGUUACUGUCGACGAUUGGGAUGAUAUGGAUGACUUUGAUAUUUCUGGAAAUUCAGAAGCAUUUGUUACACCGUGCAAAAGUCACGUUGUAAGAGUAAGCACUGCUCAGAAAUCGAAAAAGAGCAAGAGAAACUUUUUUCAAGCACAGCGAUCUCUAGCAAAUACAAUAAAGGCUGAUGUGACUCCGUCCUCCUCUGCAAGCGAGCAAGCAUGUGUGACUAAGGAACAGAACAACUACGCGGAAUGGUUAAGUAACGACGUGAUUUGCAUUGACGAUGACCCUAUUCCCGAAGAGCUUCUAGGUGGAGAUGCUCAGGAUGGUCACCCUGGAAAAACUCACUUGGGAAAAGAAAGAGAAAAUUGGGUAAAAGAGAAGAUCUCGGAAGAAAUGGAAUUACAUCCAGUUGAGAAGUCCCCGUGUGUUGAGCUCAACAAAGAGGAUUACGAUGCAGAUUUCGUUCCACCUUCUCCAGAAGAAGUCACCUCUGCCUCUUCUUCCGCUUUAAAAUGUCUCAGUAUAUUAAAGGACCUUGACGCCUCUGACACAAAGGAUGGUCCUAGCACAUCAGAGGACUUGGCAAAACCCAAGGAGACGACAAUGUGGCAGCCUGAUCAAGAAACCAGCACAGACUAUGAGGCUAGACAGACCAGUUUACAACAGCAGCUUAUUUGCGUGAUGGACCACAUCUGUAAAUUAGUUGAUACUAUUCCUGACGAUGAACUGACAGCUCUGGAUUGUGGACAGGAACUGCGUCAGCAUCGGGACAUAAGAAGGAAGCUCCUGGCCGACGCCGACUCAAAUACAAGCGGUGCCCGUGUUCUUGGUUCAGUGUGGAGGUGCUGGCCCGAGGCACUUGGUGGCCCCCCAGAGGACAUGGCGUCUCUUUCCUCUUCGGAGGCAUUUUCAAACAGUGAUUCCUGUCCUACAGGAAGUUGUGUUUUUGUUAAGGAGUUACAUUUUCCACACCUUCCCUCAAAUUCCAACGCCGCUAGGGAAUGUGUCCUGGCCACUACCCCAGGAAAGACAGGAUUCUCAGCCCCCACGAAGAAUCCCUUUGAAAGACCGUUAUUCAGUCCCCAUUUACAGAAGUCCUUUGUAAGUAGCAACUGGGCUGAAACACCAAGGAUAGAAAAAAGAAAUGAAAGCUCUUAUUUCCCGGGAAAUGUUCUCACAAGCACGGCUGUGAAAGAUCAGAAUAAACACACUGCUUCACUAAAUGACUUAGAAAGAGAAAUCCAGGCUUCCUGUGAUGUUGAUAAUUUUGACAUAGAUGACUUUGAUGAUGAUGAUGAUGACUGGGAAAAUAUAAUGCAUAAUUUAGCAGCCAGCAAAUCUUCCACAGCUGCCUAUCAACCUAUUAAGGAAGGUCGGCCUGUUAAACCAGUAUCAGAAAGAAUUUCUUCAGCCAAGACAAACUGUCUUCCAUUGGCAUCUGCUGCUCAAAUUAAAAACUCAGAGUCAAUUCAGAAUUACACUGACAAGUCGGCGCAAAAUUUAGCAUCCAGAAAUCUGAAGCAUGAGCGUUUCCAAAGUCUUAGUUUUCCUCAUACAAAAGAAAUGAUGAAGAUUUUUCAUAAAAAAUUUGGCCUGCAUAAUUUUAGAACUAAUCAGCUAGAGGCGAUCAAUGCUGCGCUGCUGGGUGAAGACUGUUUUAUCUUAAUGCCCACUGGAGGUGGUAAAAGUUUGUGUUACCAGCUCCCUGCCUGUGUUUCUCCUGGGGUCACCAUUGUCAUUUCUCCCCUGAGAUCACUUAUCGUUGAUCAGGUCCAAAAGCUGACUUCCUUGGAUAUUCCAGCUACUUAUCUGACAGGUGAUAAGACUGACUCGGAAGCUACAAGUAUUUACCUGCAAUUAUCAAAAAAAGAUCCAAUCAUAAAACUCCUGUAUGUUACUCCUGAGAAGGUGUGUGCGAGUAAUAGACUGAUUUCCAUUCUGGAGAACCUGUAUGAGAGGAAGCUCUUGGCACGUUUCGUGAUUGAUGAAGCACACUGUGUCAGUCAGUGGGGGCAUGAUUUUCGCCAAGAUUAUAAAAGAAUGAAUAUGCUUCGCCAGAAGUUUCCCUCUGUUCCAGUGAUGGCCCUUACUGCCACAGCUAACCCCAGGGUACAGAAGGACAUCCUCACUCAGCUGAAGAUUCUCCAGCCUCAGGUGUUUAGCAUGAGCUUUAACAGACAUAAUCUGAAAUACUACGUGUUACCGAAAAAACCCAAAAAGGUGGCAUUUGAUUGCUUAGAGUGGAUCAGAAAGCAUCACCCACAUGACUCUGGGAUCAUCUACUGCCUCUCCAGGCGAGAAUGCGACACAAUGGCUGACACUUUACAGAAGGAUGGUCUCGCUGCCCUUGCUUAUCACGCCGGCCUCAGCGAUUCUGCCAGGGAUGAAGUACAGCACAAGUGGAUUAAUCAGGAUGGUUGCCAGGUUAUCUGUGCAACAAUAGCAUUCGGAAUGGGGAUUGACAAACCCGACGUGCGAUUUGUGAUCCACGCGUCUCUCCCUAAAUCUGUGGAGGGUUACUACCAGGAAUCGGGCAGAGCGGGGAGAGAUGGGGAAAUAUCUCACUGUCUGCUGUUCUAUACCUAUCAUGAUGUGACCAGACUGAAGAGACUCAUCUUGAUGGAGAAGGAUGGAAACCGUCAUACAAGAGAGACUCACUUCAACAAUUUGUAUAGUAUGGUGCACUACUGUGAAAAUAUAACAGAAUGCAGGAGAAUACAGCUUUUAGCUUACUUUGGUGAAAAUGGAUUUAAUCCUGAUUUUUGUAAGAAAUACCCAGAUGUUUCUUGUGAUAAUUGCUGUAAAACCAAGGAUUGUAAGACAAGAGAUGUGACUGAUGAUGUAAAAGAUAUUGUAAGAUUUGUUCAAGAACAUAGUUCAGCACAAGGAACACGAAACAAACCCCCUGCAGGUCCUUCUGGGAGAUUUACUAUGAAUAUGCUGGUCGACAUUUUCUUGGGGAGUAAGAGUGCAAAAAUUCAGUCGGGGAUAUUUGGAAAGGGAUCUACUUAUUCACGACACAAUGCCGAAAGACUUUUUAAAAAGUUGAUACUUGACAAGAUUUUGGAUGAAGACUUAUAUAUCAAUGCCAAUGACCAACCAAUUGCCUAUAUGGUGCCAGGAAAUAAAGCCGAAACUGUACUAAAUGGGCAUUUAAAGGUAGACUUUAUGGAAACGGAAAACUCCAGCAGUGUGAAGAAGCAGAAAGCUUUGGUGGCAAAGAUGUCUCAGAGGGAAGAGAUAGUUAAGAAAUGUCUUGGAGAACUGACGGAAGUCUGCAAAUCUCUGGGAAAAGUUUUUGGCGUCCAUUACUUUAAUAUUUUUAAUACUGUCACUCUCAAGAAGCUUGCAGAAUCUUUAUCUUCCGAUCCUGAGGUUUUGCUUCAAAUUGAUGGCGUUACUGAAGACAAACUGGAAAAAUACGGCGCAGAAGUGAUUCCAAUAUUGCAGAAAUACUCGGAGUGGACAUUGCCAGCCGAUGACGGAUCCCCCCGGGUGAGUCCGGGCAGCAGCAGAGGCACCAGAAGAAAUGCCCCUGUGGAGUCCGAUGAGGAAAUGCCCGUAUCUUCUCACUACUUUGCAAAUAAAACCAGAAACGAAAGAAAGAGGAAAAGGAUGCCAGCCUCCCAGAGGUCUAAGAGGAGGAAGACUGGUUUCGGUGGCUCCAACACAAAAGGGGGGUCCACCACGUGCAGAAGGAUAUCUGCUAAAAGUAAAUCCUCCAACAUAUUUGGACCCCGUUCGCCUUUGCCUGGUCCCCAAGCAGCACCAGGAGCCAGUAGAAAAUUGGGGAUUAUGGCUCCACCAAAGCCUAUAAAUAGACCGUUUCUUAAGCCUUCGUAUGCAUUUUCAUAA